UUGCAUGACUUAAAACCCGACAUGCAACUGCAUUGGCACCAUAUAAAAUCGACGGGAAAGCAAAUUUUCUGUCAGUGUUGCUGCAAUUGCAGCUCAACACAAUGGAUUGGAUCGUUCCUUCUGUUCUCAACAUUUGCUACAAGUUGCUGAUCAUGGUCGUCGCCCUGUCUGGGCAGCAGCCAAUAUCAGGGCACCUGCUCCAGCCGCAGAAUGCCCUGGCCCUCAGGUUCGGCCCUACGUCCUUCUCGAGCGUGGCAUCCGGCGCCCCGCGUCUGCUCUUCCACCCUCAACCCCUGCACGACUUCAACCCCCCGUCGUGGCCGCCGGUAAAGCACCCGUGGAGUCCGCCGCCGCCUCCGCCACCCCUCGUCGUGCACCACCACCACCAUCACCACCGAGUGGUGCUCGAGAGUAAAAAGAAGAGGCCGGUUUUCAUGGACAAAGUUCCAGUCAACCGGCCGUCCACCACGUCAACAACUACAACAACAACGACGUCAACAACGACCAGCACGUCGACGGCGCGGCCGAGGGAGACCUCAACGACCGCAACGCCGGCGGUUUCGACGAGGAAGCAGCAACAGCAGCAGGUGGACGAGGCGGAGGAGGACGAGAGCAGCGGCCCCUGGAGCGAGGAGGACAGCUGGGAGCAGGACAAGAUUAAUAAGGGCAACAAUAAUCAGAGCUCUUGGCACAGUGACGAGCAGCCAGACGAUUUUUACCCUUUUAGGUUCGCCAAUGUACAUUUGGGAUACAAAAAGAAGUGAUUUUUUGUUGAUUUUGGUUUGUUUUAUUUAUUGGGAGUAGGUUUUUGUCAUUUUCUGUUAUUUUUCUUUGCAUAUUUUUAACUAUCGCCAUUCUGUUUUAUUGUAAGUUUUUUUUAAAUAAAAUGGUGCUUUUUUAAAAAAUAUUAAUUCUGCACGUUUUAGCUUAAUUAUC